GCCGGAGCCGCCGCCGGGACACUUUGGGGGCCCCGGGGGUCCCCGUCGGGCACAGCCAAGCUCUGAAGGACCCCAAACCUUCCCCUGGAAGGAGCCGAUGCGAUGGAGGGAGAUCAGCCCCACCUGAGCUCAGACCUGACGACCCCGUACCUGAGGAAGGCUCCCACGCCCCCCGGCCAUGAGGACGCCGACACCGCCGUGAUCGCAGUGGUGAUCACCCUGGUGUUCCUCACCUUGCUGACGGUGCUGGUGGUGAUCGGGAUUUACCUGUACCGGAACCAGGGCUCCUACCGCACCUACGAGCAGCCGGAGCCGGACGCGGCCCCGCGGGAGGAGCCUCCGGCCAAGGAGAAGGAGGAAUAUUUUAUCUAAGGACGCGCCUGGGAUCCACACGGGUCCCGGAAUUCCCCGGAGAUGGGGGCCUACGUAAGCUUUCAGGAGUUAGGAUGCUGCCUGAAUUCCCUGGCAUCAGGGAUCUGCCCAAAUUUCCUGGAGUUGGGCACCCACAGAAAUAUCCCGGAGCUGAGGGUCUGCUGAAAUUUCUUGGAGGCGGGGGAUCUUCCUAAGUUGGGAAUGUGCCUAAAUUCCCUGGAGCUGGGGCUCCACCUGAAUUUCCUGGCUUUGGGGUUCUGUCUAAAUUCCCUGGAUUUAGGGAUCCGCCUAAAUUGGAAACCUGCCUAAAUUCCCUGGGGUUGAGGUUCUGCCGAAAUAUCCUGGAGCUUGUGAUCUCCCUAAAUUCCCUGGAGCUGGGGUUCUGCCUAAAGCUGAGGGUCUACAGGCUGAUUUUGUUUGGUUUUUUUCCCUUAAUUUAUGAAGCCAACCAUGGCAGGAAUAUGUGGGUGCCCGAGGGUAGGAAAAACCCCAAAUACCCCCCAAAAAAUAGUAAGAGGAAGUUCCCAAUGCAGCAGGAAAAAGGAAAGAAGUGAGGAAACCCCUGGCUGGCAGCAGCCAAAGGGGUUCUCAGAGGCCCAACA